CUUUAGUGGGAGACAACUUUUAUGUCUUCUAUGGUUUUUUUUGACCCCGUGCAUGCACAAACCGCUGUGCUGUGCUUUAAAGGAAUUACAUCUGAAGGACCGUCACGGCUCUCUUGCAGUUCACGGCGUUUUGGGGGUUUUGACUUUUUGUGUUCAUCAGGAUAAAUUGUGUUAUUGUUUUGCUUUUAUUUUAUUUUUUUAUUUCUGAGUUGUAGGCUACUAGUAUAUAAGCAAAAGCAGCAUUAAUUUAUUUUCAAACACACUUCUCUUUAGUAGUGAGUAAAAUUCAGGACACCUGUUCUGACAGCAUAUUUUUUGUUUUUCUUGUAAUUGGCUUCAGUUGCUUGGAAAAAUAUAGUCCAAAAUAAAGAAAUAGAUAGUCCAUCCUAUCAUAUUGCAGGUUAGCCUCACUCUUUUUAGAAAAAGGGUCAGAUCUUGUGUUUUCUUAUUAUUGUGUUUUUUAUAUUUUUUGUUAAUUUUAUGAUUUUUUAAACUAUGAAGCAUUUGCAAUUUGUGCUCGUCUUGGCCAUCGCGGUCAGCGUGUGGGAAUGUGGAGACGCAAAAUUCGGCGAGAGGGGAGAAAUUAGCCCCAGGAGGAGAAGAUGUUACGACGGAAGCUUGCCCAAGCGGCUGAAGAAAAGGGAGCGAAAAGUGUUGCUUGACGGCAGCAGCAGCGGAGAAGUUUGCCACAGGUUGUAUCCUCGUGUGUCCUGCUGUCCCACCAGGAGAGCCGCCUAUCAGCUCCUGCACCGCAGGGAUGCCAGGAUUUUCUCCACCAACAACACCGAAUGUGGACGUCUUCUGGAGGAGAUCAAGUGUGCUCGCUGCUCCCCCAAUGCCCAGGUGUUGUUCCACUCCUUGGACAUGGAUAAGAUGCCACACAGGGAGCCAGACCUGCCGCGGCUCUGCCAGGACUUCUGCCGCGAGUUCUACUACACCUGCAGGGGGCACAUACCAGAGCUGUUCCAGGCCGAUGUGGACGAGUUCUGCCAAUACUAUGGGAGGAGAGAUGGCAGUAUGUGCUUUCCAGAUUUUCAACGAAAGCAACCACAAGGGCAAGAUUCCAACUACUUGGGAGAUGAGAAAAUAGAAGAUAUCAGCAGGAAACACAAACACAACUGCUACUGUGCCCAGGAGGUGUUGAGUGGUCUAAGACAGCCGGUGGCCGUGGUGCACUGUGGGGAUGGAUCCCAGCGGCUCUUUGUCCUGGAGAGGGAGGGAAUUGUCAGGAUACUCAACCAUGACCUCGAGCUAAUCAAGGAGCCCUUCCUGGACAUCCACAAGCUGGUGCAGAACGGCCUGAAGGGUGGAGAUGAAAGGGGCCUGCUAAGCCUGGCAUUCCACCCCAAUUACAAGAAGAAUGGCAAGCUCUACGUCUCCUACACCACCAACCAAGAGCGCUGGGCCAUCGGACCACACGACCACAUUCUCCGUGUGGUUGAAUACACCGUUUCGAGGAAAAAUCCGAACCAGGUGGACACCCGGACUGUCCGGGUGCUGAUGGAAGUGGCAGAGCUGCACAGGAAACACCUAGGCGGUCAACUUCUCUUCAGUCCUGAUGGUCUGUUGCACAUCGUCCUGGGAGAUGGCAUGAUCACUCUUGAUGAUAUGGAGGAGAUGGAUGGACUCAGUGAUUUCACAGGGUCCGUCCUGAGGGUAGAUGUUGACACGGACUGCUGUACAUCGCCUUAUUCCAUACCACGGAACAACCCGUACUUCAACAGCACCAACCAGCCCCCUGAAAUCUUUGCUCAUGGAUUACAUGACCCAGGCAGGUGUGCAGUGGAUCGACUUCAGUCUGACAAUGGGAGUCUGCUCAUCCUCUGUACGGAUGCCAGUGGCAAAAACACAUCAGCAGGAAGAAUACUGGAGAUUUCUAAGGGGAAAGAUUAUGAAAAUGAGCCUUCUGUCUAUGACCUGCAGUCCAGUGGAGGAGCACCACCUGUGGGGGGCUUCAUUUAUAGGGGCUGCCAGUCGAGAAGGCUUUAUGGCAGCUAUGUGUUUGGAGAUAAAAAUGGUAACCUGCGGAUCCUCCAGAAGUCUACGUUGUCAACAUCAGCAAGUGGAGAACAGUGGCAGGAGAAAGCUCUGUGUCUGGGCUCAGCUGGCUUCUGCGGCUCCAUGCUUGUUGGACACAUCUUGGGUUUUGGAGAAGAUGAACUAGGUGAAGUCUACAUACUGGCUAGCAGUAAAAGCAUGGCGCAGUCACACAGCGGGAAACUCUACAAACUAGUAGACCCGAAAAGGCCUCAUGCCCCGAAGGAGUGCCAGCGUCAGGUGGAGCCUCCAGAGCUGCUGAUGACAGCUUGUUCCAGACACUGUAAGAACGGACACUGCACUCCGACUGGCAAGUGCUGCUGCAGCCCCGGCUGGGAGGGACCCUUCUGCCGAGUUGCUAAGUGUGAACCAGCCUGCCGCAAUGGAGGAGUGUGUAUGGAGCCCAACAAGUGCCUCUGUAAGAGUGGCUACUCCGGGGCCCAGUGUGAGAAGAGUGAGCGGGGCAUGCCCAACGACCAGGAAAAAGAUGGCAUACUGGAUCACAUCAUCGACAUGACCUCGUACCUCCUAGACCUGACCAGCUAUAUUGUAUAGGGGUGUGCAGAGGGGGGCUGCUCCCCGCUGUCAUCCUCAAGUUGACACAAAUCUACCUACCACCACCAGCAGACUCUAACAAGGUGUCCAUAAAACGGCCUCUUAAUCUCCCUCAUACCCACACAGGCAUGUACACUCACUCAUAAAAAUACACACAGGAUCCCCGACCAACUGAUUUUCAUCCUCAUCACCAAACUCUUCCUCUUCUGCCUAUAAGCUACUUGCUCUUGAGCACCAGGCCUGGCAUCCAAGCCGUGUUCACACUUCUGAGGGACCUGCAGACAGCAGAGGAGAUGAUUGAUAAGCAUGGCCAAGUUAUGGAAGUUCAGACAUUUCCUCUCUCGUUCAGAAAACACUCGCACACGGCUGAAUCCACACGAACAGGAACUCCAACAGGAACAUUUUAACCCAAGACUUUGGAUCUUUUUAGGGGCUAACUGUUGCCUUACUUAAACCCCCCAAAUAAAUGGAGUUUGAGGCAUUUCAGUGGACAGUUGUUUGUUGAGGGGUAAGGAGUGGCGUGGCUCAAGAACCAGUUUGUGCUCGUGGUCCAUUCAAAACCCAGCUAAAUAAAUACACACAGACUUUGAAGGAACACUCUGCACCUCUAAGGCCAUGAGAGCGGGUCACAUAGAGCCCGCAGUGCUUUGUGCUACACUAUCCUAAAGGGAGACGAACCAUGUCGUCUCACUUACUAUGUUGUAUUUAGUUUGUGGGCACAUUGUCAUGACAGUAUACUGUGUGUAUACUUUGUUUCGCAACACUCACUUGCUAUCAAUGUACAGAAUGGAUCUGCAACAGGGGACUGUUACCUACACAGAAAUAGGAGUGAGAACGUUUCGUCAAAGCCAGUUUCAUACAAUCUGAACGGAGUUAUUGGCUCCCAUGCACUGUAUUCAUUUUUUGUUUCAUUCACUUUAUUAUUCAAAAUGAAUUUAAACAUUUUAUUGAAAAGCGCAAUGAGAGU